AUGACACCAUGUAGUUCAGUUUUCUGCCACACCGUGAACUUACUUGCAUCUUUUUCUCUUCUCUCUCAGGGAGAGAUCUGUCUGUGCAGCAGCAGAAUCUUUGUUGAGCGCAGCAUUUACCCAGAAUUCCUUGCUCGUUUCGUGGAGGCGGCUCGUCGGUGGAAAACUGGAGUGCCCUCUGACCCCUCCAACGACAAUGGAGCGCUCAUCAGCAAAGAGCAUCUACAGAAGGUUAAAGGUUAUGUUGCUUUGGCGCUGGAAGAAGGUGCCCAGGUGCAUUGUGGGGAGGGUGUGGACAAACUUAUCCUUCCACAACAAAAUGCGGGUGGCUAUUUCAUGUUGCCCACUAUCAUCUCUGGAGUGAAAGACUCCUCCGCAUUGAUGCAGGAAGAGAUUUUUGGCCCUGUAACCUGUGUGACACCCUUCGAUGAGGAGGAGGAAGCGAUAUCACGGGCCAACGGCGUCCGCUACGGUUUAUCCGCCACGGUGUGGUCCCGAGAUGUGGGGCGCGUGCACAGGGUUGCUAGGAAACUGCAGGCUGGGUUGGUGUGGACCAACUGCUGGCUGGUCAGAGAUUUAAACCUCCCGUUCGGUGGCAUGAAAAACUCGGGCAUUGGUCGAGAGGGGGGAAAAGACUCGUACCACUUCUUCACUGAGGUUAAGUCCAUCACCAUCAAACACUGACGCAGAAUGAAGCAGUAUAUGAGUCACUGUGUGCUUCAUGUGUCAUUUCAAAUCUCUAUACAAAUUAUAUAGAGGAAGCAAUCAGACUUGAUAUGAUUGGGAAUAAAGUCCAAGAGAAAAUCUAAGUGCUUCAUACUGUUUUUGGUGAUUGAAUGUGGGUGAAUAAUCUCGGUGGUCUUAAACUAGUAUAUUUCAUUUUAAGACAAACCAGUCUUCAAUUUUAUUGCUGUUUCAUAGCUUAGGAACAGAAUGAAGUUCUCAGGUCUGCUUUGUUUAAUAAUCUGCUUUAUCUUAUUUUUUUUUUAUUGAAUUAACUUUGUUUUUCCUAAAAAUCCUAAAAAAGCAAUAAGACUGAUGCAAAUGAGUUCAUUUUUA